AUGGAUGAACCUCCAGGAGAGGCUCCAGAUGGAUCCUUCAACCAGGAAAACAUAGCCCAAUCCCCAGAUAACCAGAAGACCCAGGGAGAAGCAGGACAGGCUGCUCACAGAGGUUCCAAACAUCCUGAGGAUGAACAACCUGAGCCAACUGGCGACAAGGCACCCAGCCAAGCUGCUAACACAAGGUCUGGACAGACUGACCAAGGAGCUUCCGAAGAACUGAUGGACCACAGAUCACCUAGCAGUGCUGAGAUAAAAGCAUCUCAGCAAGUUGACCAUAAAAUAUCUGAGCCACCUAGUCAGCAAAUACCCAGGAAACUUGAGGGGAAAGUCCGUGAGGAGAUAGAGGUUGGAAUGUCUUUGCCAACUAGUAAGAGAGCUUCUGAGCAGACUGACCAGAGUUCAUCCUACCAAACUGACUCUAGAAUGUCAGGGAAGAGCCAACCAUACAGCACAGAUGAUUACGAGGCUGAAGACUUUCCUGUUCAACGUAGGUUUCGUGAGGAUAAGGAAGCAGACUAUGCCCGUAUGGGACGUGCAACAGAAAACGAGGCUGACUCAUACUACAAACCCUUUGCCCAGGGUUCAUUAUCUGAAACCUUUGACAACAAUGAAGCGGACCAAAAAAUACAGCCUUGCACAUUUGAAGAGAGUCAAAUAGAACUCCGAUCCAGAGCUUCAACAGGGAAAACAGAAAGUUCAGCCACGGUCCAAGUCUUCCCACCUGAGUCUGAAAUAGCCACUGACUUCCAGUUCUCACGUGAAAAACUGCCCCACAUUACAAGCAAAACAUACUAUUUCUCCAAUCAAGAAACAGUUCAAGGCACAGAAAACACUACUGAUGCUUACGAAGAAUUUGAGCAAAGAAAGGGUUUUCAAAGAUACAGCCAAGCUAGCAGGAGGCGGUUCCCUCCCAUCGUUUAUGAAGAUCCUUAUCAAAUUGCGCUCCGAUACAUGGAAAAGCACAACAUUCUUCAGAUAUUCCAGCAGAUCACUGAAAACCUAGUCUAUGAAAAGCCUGAUGACCCCCUGGAUUUCAUGCUGGGCCAGGUAUGA